CUCCUCAGCCUGCCUGUUAUUGUUUACGGUCGCACUCAUGAAAAGUAGGUCAUGGAAAACAGAAGCCCGGCGCGCUGUCUUGUCUGAACUACCUUGUAAUACGAGACACUCAAGGGACGACGUCUUUGCGGGUUUAGCGGUUUUUAUGUAGAAACUGAAUGUGACCAACAAUCAGCAGGUGGACUGAUGCCGUUCUUCCAACAUCUGGACUAAACCUCAGCAGACUGGCAGGUUCUUCCUACAGUGAGACUCUGCUGCCAUGUCCAGGAGAAGCAGGAACAGUCGUGCAUGGAGAUAUGUGUGGGGAGGCAUACGGAGGGAUGCUGAUGCUCGGGCCCUUGUGUUGGCUUCUGAGAGUGAAGAAUGGAACUAUGAUCGUCUUGAGUACGCAAGUGAUUCAGACUCUGAGGGAGACUUUUCAGCAGUGAUGGUCCCACCGGUCCCCAGCGCAGUACCCGUCACCGGAGAGUCCUACUGUGGUUGUGAUUCCCAGGCAGAGACCAGCUACAACCCUCGUCUGCGAGGCUUUCUCCAGGUUAAAGACUGCCACUGUGGAGAGGAUGACCAAGAUUUUGAUUGGGUUUGGGAUGCCAACAGCCGAUCAACGGCAACAUUACUGAGCUGCGAAAAUCGCAAAGUGAACUUCCACUCUGAAUACAGCUGUGGUACAGCUGCAAUCCGUGGCUCCAAGGAGCUUGCAGACGGGCAGCACUUCUGGGAAAUUAAGAUGACAUCCCCAGUGUACGGAACAGACAUGAUGGUUGGUAUCGGUACAUCUGAUGUCAAUCUGGACAAAUACAGACAUACCUUCUGCAGCCUGCUGGGAAAAGAUGCAGACAGCUGGGGGCUUUCUUACACUGGCUUGUUGCAUCAUAAAGGAGACAAAAUGAACUUCUCCUCACGUUUUGGUCAAGGUUCCAUCAUUGGAGUUCAUCUGGACACGUGGCACGGCACACUUACAUUCUUCAAAAAUCGAAAGUGCAUAGGAGUUGCUGCUACAGAGCUGCAGAAUAAGAGGUUUUAUCCAAUGGCGUGCUCCACAGCGGCGAAGAGCAGCAUGAAGGUCAUCAGAUCCUGCUCUGCACCCACCUCCCUGCUGUACCUGUGCUGUGCUCGUCUUCGCCAGCUGGUGCCAGACUGUAUAGACAUCCUAGAUGUGUUGCCCCUACCACCUGGCCUGCGUCAUUUGCUCCACAACAAACUGGGUUGGGUGCUCAGUCUUAACUGCGGCACAAUGGAAGAAACCCCAGAUGGGGCUGAGCAGUCCUCACGUUUGCCUGUCCCCGCCUUGGCAGGACCGUCCUCCUCUGAGAGCGACUCAGAGGGUUGUUCGUCCGAUCCGGAGGCCUGUCAGAGGAAGAGAUGCCGCUGGACAUGACUGGGCGACUCGCAUCCUACCUCCCCUUAAACACUGGCAGACAUUAGUGUCCUUUGGCAUCUGAUGUAGGGUUACUGAAUUGCCUCAAGCUUUCUUUAUUAGUGUCGUCUGGAGAAAGUAACGAGGGCGGUCGAGCGGAGGGAACUAAACGUCGGUGGAAAACUGUGAUCUUCUCUCAUGCCAUUCUUCAUGCUCAUCACAUGUCGAGUAUCAAAGCCAGCUUCAGUAAAAGGUGAAAAUAUACCAUGUUAUUUUGUUAUGGGUGGAUGUGGUGGUCAUCAAAAUGGGGAGGGUUAAAAAAAACAGACACUGUAUAGAAGUUUUCUGUAUUUUCAUCCUGUAUCCUGCAUUUAAUGUCUGUUUUUCUCACUUUAAAUGUUGUCAGUGAGUUAACAGAGGACUUUGUUACUUGUUUCAAUGGCAUCUGCAAGUUUCUCCUAUGUUGCUCAGAAUCAGCUGAUAUUCUAUAUUUUGUAACUACUGUUCGCUCCUUAAAUGCUAAAAGUUAACGGUAAAUGAACCUGAGUGCACUUUGCAGCUUUUAGCCUUAAAAAAAAGCGAUAACAUUUGAGCAAGGCAUGCACCUCUCACGACACAUCAGAUAAUCGUCAUUUCUUGAAAAAUAUCUGUUAUAUGUUACAUUCAUGGAGACAUCAUCCAUAUAGCUUCCAGCUUUUAUUCCUUCUAAAAAGCUGUGUGCAUUAUUUAGUGUAGCCUUUUAAUGCUGAUAUUUUAACAUUUUCAUUGCUGUUACUUUUUUAUGUUUUAAAAGUCAGUUUCUUUCUUUCUAGAUUCAUCAUCAAGCUAUUAUUUUGGUAUGUCUCUGUUUAUUCAGCUCUUCUUUUUUUUUAAGUCUUUGUCAAAACAGCUUUUCUGGCCCCGAAUUAAGUUUAAGCUCUGUGUUGUAAAUCCACUCUAGUGCAGUGGAUGAGCAGAAAAUAGUAAAUAUGAAAUUGUGUACAGAAAGAUAUCCAUCCUCCUGCUGUGUAAUCCGCUCCCACACUAUGUGUUAAUAUGAAUACGGUUCACCUUGUCCAAAUAUGGGUUUAUAUGGCUAAAGGUGUCAUCAUUGUGACAGACUCAGUGCUACUACUGCUACAAUGACCAUUGAGACUGAGACCAUGCACAGUCAGGUCGAGGAGUCUGUGAAAAGGAUUGUUUUGCCUCUGUUCACCACCACAGUCGAUCUGAAGUGAAGCAGUCAAGCUGUGACUGAAGUGUAGACCUGUCAAGAGACUUAAUAUCCUUUUUUUCUCUCAUUCUCAAUGGCGAUUGUGGCUCAAGAGUUGGCAGUUCGUCUUGUAAUUGGAAGGUUGCUGGUUCGAGCUCCGACAGUCUCGGUCGUUGUGUCCUUGGGCAAAACACUUCACCCGUUGCCUACUGGUGGUGGUCAGAGGGCCCGGUGGCGCCAGUGUCCGGCAGCCUCGCCUCUAUCAGUCUGCCCCAGGGCAGCUGUGGCUACAAUGUAGCUUGCCAUCACCAAUGGGUGAAUGUGUGUGUGGAUGACUGAAUGUGUAAAGCGCUUUGGGGUCCUUAGGGACUAGUAAAGCGCUAUACAAAUACAGGCCAUUUACCAUUUAAAAGUAACACGGAUGGGCCUGAGAUGUCCUCGCGUACAUCUUAUUUUCCACUCAGGUGGUGGACGGAGGCAACAUCACCUAAACUGCAUCACUGCCCAAAAACCUGACUGUAGCCAUGUUUUGAUUGAUUCAUCGAUUAUUGGGACAUUAUACCUUUUAGAAAAUGUUAUGUUUCAAUAAUCUCCUGGGACCAUAAAUGGUAAAAAAAGAUGGACAUAGCGUCACCAAGAAUUUCUGCUGUUGCCGUCUUGGCAUUUUGGUAUCCAGUGCAAUGAGAAGGAGGCGGAGUUGACUAUAAAACCGCAUGCUCAUUGGCUACCAGUGAGCAUGUCCCGGAUAAUCCACCUUUCUUACACAUGCAGUGCUUAACAGAUUUACCAGACCACCAGUCAUAAUAAAGUCAACCAUAAUAUUCAACCACUAAAGCUUAAAUAACUAUAAUUUGGCAUAUUGUUAAAAAUUUAUAAUGUGCUUUGCUAUUUUUUUUCUGAUUUUUAAAAAAUAAAACAGUAAAUAUUAUAAAAAAAAUCAAAUCAUUAGGAUUUUGGUAAUUCUGAGUACUGAUAAUUUAGGGCAGCUGUGGCGUUAACCUUUCACUGGGAGGUGAUCUGAGAAAUUUGCUAAGCACUGUGGAAGGAGUCAAAUUUACAAAAUAGAUUUAAUGCUCUUUAGAACAUUAACUCUAUUGCAGCAAAGUGUUUACAGAUCUCCCAGCAGGGGGGGCAUUUCCCCAGAGAUUACUAUGGGACCAGAAGUCUUUUAGGAACCACAGGUAUCGCCCCCUGGUGGCUUCUGUUUUCAGACCUGAGACACUUAGUCCAUCUUUUAUACUGUUGAUGGCUGGGACGUACCAUAAAAGUGUAAACAUGCAUGCUGCAGCCAUGUUUUGCAGCUUGCCCUAAUAUAUACAAAUACUUUUUGUAUAUAAAUGUUUUUCAGUACAGAGAAGCUGAGAGUACCUGAUGGGUAUUUGAGUAUUUGAGUGUUCAUGAAUGACGGCCUGGGGUACGGUGAGACAUGUGGGUCAGAUAUGUAAAUAGAUUCUCUGUAGUCGCAAACCAUAAUAAUGAAACAUUAGUGUUUUGCCCAGAGGUCAGACACCCGUUUCUGAUGUCCUCAAAGUUCUUGGUUUCAGUACAUACCUAAGGUACUAUGCAACACAAGCAUUCUCUGAGGCAGGGGGUGAGGUUAGGGAGUCAUUAUGGAGCAGCAGGGAUAGUACCAGAGGACCAUGCUCAUCACUCACGAGCCACAGAUCAUCUAGUUGAGUAAAAUCUUUCAGCCGCCUCGUCCUCCAUAUAGAGUAAUGUAACCACCGGGAAGUUAAUUGUGGUCCAGCAGAUUAAUUUGUCUUCACAUCGAUGCAUCAAAGCACUUUUUUCUUACUGUUUUACUGUAAAUUCUAAGUGUUUCUUCUAUACUGUGUCAUAUUAUUAAUACUGUAUGUGAGGGCCUUCACUUGCCUUUCUCUGUAUCAGCAUGAUUUUCAGCUGAAAAUAAAA